AAAAACAACUUAACAAGACUAAGCAUUCAAUGGCUUCACGAACAACGAAUUCCAGUCUAUUAUAUAUUGUGGCAAUUACUCUGUUCGUCAGUAUUGUUGCAGCACAAGAAGGAACGUCGACAAUAUUAACAGAAAAUAUUAAUGAUGCAUCUUGUGGUGUACAGAUUGAUCUAAUUAUUCUUGUUGAUGGAUCCAAAUCAGUCAAACCAGAGAAUUUCUUACUCGUCAAGGCAUGGAUCAAAGAUCUUGCAAAAGGUUUCAAUAUCGAUUCUGGAAGUGUUCAGAUUGGCGUUGUUCAAUAUUCAUACUGGUAUCCCAGGAGACCAAUGUGGAGACAACGAUAUAUUAAGACAGAAAUUUCACUUGGAAGAUACCGAAAGCUGAGCAGUUUUAGCAGAGCAGUGGAUCGAAUCCGGUAUCAAGGAUAUCAGACGUUCACUGCCCAUGCUAUCAACAAGACAGUGGAUUAUGAUUUUCAAAGCAGAUACAGUCGAUAUCCGGAGGCACAACGAGUCAUCAUCUUACUGACUGACGGAAGAGCGACAGAUGAGGCAGAUUUGCCACUUGCUAUCGAACAUGCAGAGAAAGAUGCUGGUGUUAUGAUUUUUGCUGUCGGAGUUGGUGAAUAUAGUUUAGAGGAAUUACAGUUAUUCACACACAAUGACCGAAAACGAAUAUUUGAAUUGAAAAACUUUGGAGAACUACACAAUAUUGUCUACGAAUUGUCUCUACUUCUUCAAGAAGCCUGCGAUUGUAACGUACUUGGAAGUCUAACAGCCGAUUGCGAUGUCUGUACUCGAGAAUGUGUUUGUAAACCUAAUGUUGUUGGAAGAAGAUGUGACCAGUGUGCACCUGGACAUUAUAAUAUAUCACACUCGGCAGGAUGUACCGCAUGUAAAUGUCAUCCACUCGGAACAGAACAAAAUUUUCAAUGUGAUUUCAACACUGGAGAAUGUAAUUGUAAACGAGGAGUUGUUGGUGAAGAAUGUAACAAGUGUGAAGACGGAUGGUCCGGAUUUCCAGAAUGUAUGAAAUGUAAUUGCAAUGGUUUUUCUACAUCUUGUGACGAGGAAACAGGAUACUGUAUCAACUGCUCCAACUAUCGUGCCGGGAAAACCUGCCAAACAUGUAUAAGCGGCUACUACAUAUUGGAAUCAGGCAAUUGUGUUCCUUGCAAUUGCAAUGGAAAUAUCGAUAUAAAUGAUCCCGAAUCGUGUGACGCCAACACCGGAGAAUGUCUUCGUUGCUUGCAUGGAACUGCAGGGCAUAACUGCGAAAAUUGUGACACAUACUAUUACAGAAAUGUGGAAUCAGGAAUUUGUGAAUCUUGUGAAUGUGACAUCAAGGGGACAGAUCCAUCAAUGUGUGCGGAUGGGAAGUGUUCAUGUGAUAAGGAGACCGCCCAAUGUGAAUGUCUUCCCAACGUUACAGGAAUUUCUUGUCAAGCUUGUGCAGAAACGUUUUGGGGAUUUGAUUCUGUCGAAGGAUGUCAGAGCUGCGAAUGCAACGGCCUUGGUUCUUUUUCUCAGUCCUGUAACGAUAUCAAUGGAGAAUGUGAGUGUCUGCCUGGCUACAGUGGCAUAAAAUGUGAAUUAUGUGACAAAGGAUAUUUCAGAAUCAAUGAAUUUGACACAUGCAAAGCCUGCUUUUGCAACAUGGAAGGAACAGAAAUCUCGACCUGUGUCGAUGAUGCCUGUACAUGUGAUCAGUUCUCUGGACAAUGUUCUUGUUACCCCCAUGUUGUUGGAAUUUCAUGUAACCAAUGCGAAGAUGGAUACUGGAAUUUACAAGCAUUCGGUGGAUGUGAAACAUGUGAUUGCCACAAACAAGGUUCAAAUUCUUCCACUUGUGAUAAGUUUACAGGCCAAUGUGAAUGUCUACCUGGCCACGCGGGUUUGAAAUGUGAACUGUGUGAACGAGGUCAUUCAAAACUGAAUGAAGAAGACCUUUGUAUAUCUUGCGAUUGUGACGUGAAUGGCACUUCAUCCUUGGCUUGUAUCAACGGAGUUUGCAGCUGCGAUGACUCAAAUGGUCAAUGCCCGUGUCGUCCAAAUGUUGUCGGAUCAUCUUGUCAUGAAUGUGCAGAUAUGUUCUGGGGAUUUGGCUCGGAAAAGGGGUGUAAAUCAUGCGAUUGCAACUGGUUGGGAGCAAUAUCGUUAUCUUGUGACGUGAACACAGGAGUUUGCGAAUGUUUGCCUGGAUAUUCAGGAACAAAAUGUGAAAACUGUAUAAUUGGAUAUUUUGGAGAUGAUUGUAGAGAGUGUGAAUGCUCUGAAGAUGGUACAGAUAAAUCCACUUGCGAUGAAGAUUUUUGUACUUGUGAUGCAUCAGGACAGUGUUCAUGUCUUCCACAUGUUAUUGGCAGAUCUUGUGAGGAAUGUGAAGAUGGAUAUUGGAAUAUUACAAGUGGUGAAGGCUGCGUACCGUGUGCUUGUCACAAAGCUGGAUCUUCAUCCAACGUUUGCAACAAACAAACGGGUGAAUGUGAUUGUUUACCGGGACAUUCGGGAAUAAAAUGUCAGAAAUGCAAUCAAGGACAUUCAAGAGAAGACUCUGCAUCGCCGUGUGUCGAAUGUGAUUGCAACAUUAAAGGAACCAAUUCUUCAAGUUGUGACGACGGUAGUUGCUCGUGUGAUGCAACCACUGGACAGUGUUCUUGCCUCCCAAAUGUUAUGGGAUUGCUAUGCGACGAAUGUAAUGACGGUUACUGGGAUUUCGAGUCGAAAUCUGGCUGUCGAAAAUGUGGCUGCCAUAAACUUGGCUCUCUGUCACCAUCAUGCGACAAGAACACUGGGAUAUGCGAAUGUUUACCAGGUCACCUUGGUACAAACUGCGAUCAAUGUGACAGUGGAUAUCAUAGAAAAGAUAUGCGUGACGAGUGCAAAGCCUGUAAAUGCAACACGUUUGGAACCAAUCCAGUGACAUGUGUCGAUGAUGUGUGUGGAUGUGAUUCUUUUAGCGGCCAAUGUAAUUGUCUGCCUAACGUGAUUGGACUUUCUUGCGAUAAAUGCGAUGACGGAUUUUGGAAUUUAGGAUCUGAAAUAGGCUGUGUUAAUUGCUCUUGUCAUGUGGAAGGUACAAGAGAUCCGGCGUGUGACAAGGUCACAGGAGUUUGUGUUUGCCAUCCAGGACACACUGGAGAAAAAUGCGAGAAAUGCGAUACGGGUUAUUUCAGGUUGAAUUCAAAUGAAAGAUGCAAAGAAUGCAAGUGUAACAUGUACGGCACGAAUCCAGCAAGUUGUUCAAACGGAGUUUGCACUUGUGAUGCAACAACCGGCCAAUGCAAUUGUCUUCCAAACAUUGAUGGAAAAUCUUGUGAUAAAUGCGAUGAAGGUUUCUGGAACAUAAGAUCGAUGACAGGUUGCAAAGCAUGCAGAUGUCACCUCAAGGGGUCAACAUCGAGAAACUGUGAAGAAAAAUCAGGUCAAUGUCAAUGUGUGGUUGGUCAUGUCGGUCAAAGAUGUGAAGAAUGCGAUAAAGAAUAUGGAAGGACCAAUCCACAAGCUCGGUGCGAAGACGCCAGCAUAAACGACGAACCUACAGAUGAACCACCGACAACUGAAAUUUCGACAGCGCGUACAAAAUCACCGUCUACUCAAGCCACAACCACUCGAGCGACCCGUGCACCUUACAUACCAGUAACGACAACAAAACGAACUUUCGUAAACCGAGGUUGUGGAGGCUGCAGUGGGAAUUGGCCUUCAUAUUGCCAUGGAUGGAUGUGCAGACGAAGAUGGCCAUACAGUCAAUUUAAACCUUCCCAGAGAAGAUGCAAUUACGGUCAUAUGACCUGCCAAUACAAUGUUGCAUCAACUCAUGGACGUUUUGGUGCUAAUAAUUACAAUGCAAGAUCGACAGCUUCACCAACCAAGCGACCAGGGCCUGCCUAUGGUUACAGAUUGUAUGGGAGCACUAACUAUUACCUGCCAUAUUCUGGACGACGCACAAGAACUCACACAAGAACGCGUUCCAGUCAGCGUUCAAGUGGAAGGUCGCUUGCGUAUGGUUUAUACAGGAGAUUGUAUGGAGGUAAGAAGUAAUGAAGGCAUGAAGGAUAUCGAACGCGUGAUGCCAGCGUAGAACAUCCGACUGCAUAAAUACAAGUGUUCCCGCGACAUAACUUUCCUUUCAUCACACUUUCUGCAAAAUAAAUGAAAGUAACUUAACAUUCAAAAUCUGCAUACAAUUUCACAUGUACAAAAUGUCAUUUUCUAUUACUUCCAACUAUUAUAUAUGAUCAGUAUUACAACUAUUUUCAAAAGUCAACUGCUAAUUUUUCAUUUCCCGCCCCAGGUGUUUUCUUUUUCUAUUUUUUUUUAAAUUUUUUGACGAGUUUGGUUGUCAAAUUGCUUGGAAUGAAAUUGAUGAAAUUGGCAUCUUAUUGCAUCGUGAUCUGUAUAUUUGUAUUUAAAUACAACUUUCAAAAUAUUUAAAAGACUUGCUUUAGUUGUAGAGAGUGUGCACUUUUAGUGAGCGUGCUAUUAUUUAGGUGAGAUAUUAUCUUCCGGGGAUGUAAUUAUGGCGAAAAAAUCAGAUCAUCGCCACCUUAUGGAAGAAAUAGUAGAUAUAGUUGAUUGAAAAAGUUGAUUGAAUGUAAAUUCUGAUCAUCAAAUUUGCGCGUGACAUGAUAAUUCACUUGAUGUGGCAAUAUUUAAGCAAUACAAAUACACUUAUUCAUGCAUAUG